AGGAGAGAGGGAGAGAGAGAGGGAGAGGAGGGGAGAGUGAGACAAAGAGAGAGACAAAGUAGAGAAGAGUGAGAGUCCUGCUCUGUGCUGCACAUCUCCAACUUGGUGCUGCUGUAUCCUCUUCUGGACCAGAUGAUGAUGAUGCCCUCUGAGCUCCUCGUCCCCGGGUGGCUGCAGCACCUGCUUGUUGUGCUCCUGAAGCUGAGCCUCUCCUGUGCAUCCCCUCUAAAAGUUACCAAUGGGACGGCGUGCACCGCCCGAGGACCCGCCUCUUACAUCCUAGUAUUCACUGGUCAGUGGAGCCCGCAGAUGUUCCCAAAACAGUACCCUUUAUUCCGACCUCCUGCGCAGUGGUCCAAACUUGUAGCUGUCACCCAUAAUGAGCGGUACCAGUUGUGGCAGGAAGGAGCGAUGGCAAGCCCUGGUGUGAAGAGUUUUGCUGAGCUCGGUGUCACGGUUGAGCUGGUAAAGGGGGCAAAAGAAGCAAGGAAGCGGAGGGUAGUGGGGUCCAUGUACCGCACAGCAGGGAUCCCAACUGGAGUCGGCCACAGCUCCACUGAACUCGUUCUGCAGCCCAGGAACCCACUGCUCUCCUUGAUGGUGAAAGUGAUUCCCAGCCCUGAUUGGUUUGUUGGGGUGGACAGCUUAAGCCUGUGUGAAGCUGGCCAAUGGAAAGAGGAAGUGACUUUCGACCUGCAUCCAUUUGAUGCCGGGACGGACAGCGGUUUCACUUUCUCUUCGCCCAAUUUUCCCACAGUUCCCCCUGAGAAUAUCACAAUGAUCACAUCUCAGAAGCCGAAUCAUCCUGCAAACUCUUUCUACUACCCCCGGCUGUCUGAGCUUCCGCCGCUAGCCACCAUCUGGCUAAAAAAACAGCCUCGAUCAUCCAUCCGUCAACACAACCACGUGUCCAAUCAUAUCCUGCCUCAACUCAGCAAAACCCCACAAUUUGCAGAGACGCCGCUGGACUGCGAAGUCUCCAUGUGGUCGUCCUGGGGCCUGUGUUUGGGGCCAUGCUCCAGAGGAGGAGUCCGCCAUCGUACCCGCUACAUCCUCUUGAAACCUGCUAACAGCGGCACCCCCUGCCCCGAGCUGGAGGAACAGUCUGAGUGCACGCCACACAACUGCCUGGUGCAGCAGUGAUGCUCGUUUACACACAGAGCCAAUUUGCAAGGCCAUGUCCUAUAUAAUACCUAAAGAAGAUGUCAAAGGUCACAGCGAGUGGUGAUCUAACGCACCAGUUCUGCAGGAAUAUUCUGCAGUUCCUGCAUUCAGCUUAUACAAAGACACUUUUUGAAAACACAUUUUUAUAGUGUAUCGACAAAUAAUCACAUACUUUUUUGCAGACAUCAUUUUUCAUAGUCGAUUUUUGAACACGUCAAAUGUUAUCGACAUUUUCUUUUAUUACUGUUAUUAUUAUUAUUAUUAUUAUUAUUAUUAUUAUUAUUAUUAUUAUUAUUAUUAUUAUCUACAUUUCACAACAGCACUGAGACAAAAGUACUUCAGUUGUGGAAUGAAUUGACCAACAGUGCCCUCCACUAGUACACUUUAAAUAAGCCCACUAAGACUGAACUCUUAUACUGGGCCAAUUAGGAUGAGCUCCUUAACAUCAUUAGGCUAAUAAUCUUAUAUAAUUGUUGUUUUGUUCCCCUCACCACCUUUGAAAAGAUGUAUAUAUGAUGUAUUUAAUCGUUUUCUCCUUUUAAUAAAUGUGGAGUUGUUUCCUUAAAGUGAGGACUGUUUGAGUAACCGGAUUCAUUACAG